UGCUGGAGUGGGCCGGACUGGUUGUUUCAUCGUGAUUGACGCCAUGGUGGAGCGAAUCAAACACGAGAAGACAGUUGACAUCUACGGUCACGUGACCCUCAUGAGGUCCCAGCGGAACUACAUGGUGCAGACUGAGGAUCAGUACGCCUUUAUUCACGACGCGCUGCUGGAAGCCGUCGCCUGCGGCAACACCGAGGUUCCGGCGCGAAACCUUCACGCCUACAUCCAGAGACUGACCCAGAUAGAACCGGCGGAGAACGUCACGGGCACGGAACUGGAGUUCAAGCGGUUGGCCAGUGCGAAGGCCCACACCUCCAGGUUUGUGAGUGCCAACCUGCCGUGUAACAAGUUCAAGAACCGUCUGGUGAACAUCAUGCCCUAUGAGUCCACCAGGGUCUGUCUGCAGCCAAUCAGAGGAGUGGAGGGGUCAGACUACAUCAACGGCAGCUUCAUAGACGGAUACAGGCAGCAGAGGGCUUAUAUAGCCACCCAGGGCCCGCUGGCUGAGACUACUGAGGACUACUGGAGAAUGUUAUGGGAACACAACUCUACCAUAGUGGUCAUGUUGACUAAACUGAGGGAGAUGGGGCGGGAGAAGUGCCAUCAGUACUGGCCAGCAGAGCGCUCAGCCAGGUACCAGUACUUUGUAGUGGACCCCAUGGCUGAGUACAACAUGCCCCAGUACAUCCUACGAGAGUUCAAAGUCACCGAUGCCAGGGACGGCCAGUCUCGGACGGUUCGUCAGUUCCAGUUCACUGAUUGGCCGGAGCAAGGAGUGCCAAAAUCAGGGGAGGGGUUCAUUGAUUUCAUUGGCCAGGUGCACAAAACUAAAGAGCAGUUUGGCCAGGACGGACCAAUCACCGUGCACUGUAGUGCUGGUGUGGGGAGGACAGGGGUCUUCAUCACUCUGAGUAUCGUUCUGGAGAGGAUGAGAUAUGAAGGAGUAGUGGACAUCUUUGGUCAUGUGACAAAGCUCCGGUCCCAGCGGAACUACAUGGUGCAGACUGAGGAUCAGUACGUUAUUCACGACGCGCUGCUGGAAGCCGUCGCCUGCGGCAACACCGAGGUUCCGGCGCGAAACCUUCACGCCUACAUCCAGAGACUGACCCAGAUAGAACCGGCGGAGAACGUCACGGGCACGGAACUGGAGUUCAAGCGGUUGGCCAGUGCGAAGGCCCACACCUCCAGGUUUGUGAGUGCCAACCUGCCGUGUAACAAGUUCAAGAACCGUCUGGUGAACAUCAUGCCCUAUGAGUCCACCAGGGUCUGUCUGCAGCCAAUCAGAGGAGUGGAGGGGUCAGACUACAUCAACGGCAGCUUCAUAGACGGAUACAGGCAGCAGAGGGCUUAUAUAGCCACCCAGGGCCCGCUGGCUGAGACUACUGAGGACUACUGGAGAAUGUUGUGGGAACACAACUCUACCAUAGUGGUCAUGUUGACUAAACUGAGGGAGAUGGGGCGGGAGAAGUGCCAUCAGUACUGGCCAGCAGAGCGCUCAGCCAGGUACCAGUACUUUGUAGUGGACCCCAUGGCUGAGUACAACAUGCCCCAGUACAUCCUACGAGAGUUCAAAGUCACCGAUGCCAGGGACGGCCAGUCUCGGACGGUUCGUCAGUUCCAGUUCACUGAUUGGCCGGAGCAAGGAGUGCCAAAGUCAGGGGAGGGGUUCAUUGAUUUCAUUGGCCAGGUGCACAAAACUAAAGAGCAGUUUGGCCAGGACGGACCAAUCACGGUGCACUGUAGUGCUGGUGUGGGGAGGACAGGGGUCUUCAUCACUCUGAGUAUCGUUCUGGAGAGGAUGAGAUAUGAAGGAGUAGUGGACAUCUUCCAGACUGUGAAGAUGCUGCGAACACAGAGACCUGCUACAGUUCAGACUGAGGACCAGUACCAGUUCUGUUACCGGGCCGGUCUGGAGUAUCUGGGUAGCUUCGACCACUAUGCAACAUAAUACCUCCCUCUGUCCGCGUCCCAAACAACACCCUAACUC